AUGUCGGAAGUGCUUUACAGGGCUACCAAGUAUAUGAACGCAGAGGACGCAUUGCUGGCCCGCGAAGAUAAGCCCAGAAAAAGAGAAAGACGGGAGGAUACACGACAGGAUAGGGGGCAUAAAAUGGCUAGGACCAGAGAUCGACGGGAUGAUAGACGCUCCAAACCCCCCACUGGGAGGUUCACAAGCUUCACCUCGUUAACUGCCCCAAUAGAUCAAGUCUUGAUGCAGAUCAAAGACGAAGGAACUCUGACGUUCCACGGUAAGUUGAAGGGAGAUCCUAACAAGAGACCAAGGGAUAAGUAUUGCCGCUUCCAUCGAGACCACGGGUACAACACAACUGAUUGCUAUAAUCUAAAACAACAGAUAGAGGCCCUUAUAAGACAAAGGAAACUACAGAGGUUCGUGAGCAAGGAGAAAGCGGAUCCGCCCCAAGAGCAAACCCUGCGACGAGAGAAUGAGCGCCCAAGGCCGCCCAUUGUAGACAUAAGAAUGAUCGUAGGGGGCACGACAACCUCUAGAUCGUCCAAAAAAGCUAGGAAAACCUACCAAAGAAUGGUCCAGAACGUCCAGCUCAUGGGCACUGUACCCAAGAUGGCACGGAUCGACAACCCUGUCAUCGGAUUUUCAGAAGAAGAUGCUCGAAAUUUGCACCACCCACAUGACGACGCGCUUGUUGUCAGCAUAAGGGUAGGAGACUACAACAUGCACCGGGUUCUGGUUGACAACGGCAGCUCGAUAGACAUCUUGUAUUACUUGACUUUUCAGCAGAUGAGAGUUGACAGAGAACAAUUGGUCCUGGUUAAUGCCCCUCUAGUUGGCUUCGGAGGGAUGAGAGUGUUCCCCAUCGGUACCGUCAUAUUAACAGUAACGGUGGGAGAUUACCCCCAGCAGAUCACUAAGGAAGUAUCAUUCCUAGUGGUCGACUAUUCGUCCGCUUACAAUGCCAUUCUUGGACAACCCACACUUAACUCAUGGAAAGCUGUAACUUCAACAUACUAUUUAAUGAUCAAGUUCCCAACGGAUUAUGGAGUAGGAGAACUGCGUGGAAAUUAG